CUCCUACACAGGCAGGAGCAAGAGGCCCCUGGAGUCGCUGGCGCUGGGAGCUUUGGAGCAUCAACGGUGACGAUGACCCCCUUGCUUCUGCUGUGCGUGUCCUUGCCCCUCAUCUCGGCAACAAUAUCAUUUGAAGAUCAUGAGAACUUGGAUGGCACAUUGCGUGUCAGCAUUCCCAUGGAGAUGCCUCUCCAGCCUCUGCUGGGAGGCAAGGUAGUGGUACCGUGUUACUUCCAGGACAACACCGUCAGCGACCCCGGAGCCCCGACCAUCCCGCCGCUCUCCCACCGCAUCAAAUGGUCCUACGUCACCAAGGAGAAGGUCACCACCAUCCUGGUGGCGUCGGAGGGAAAGGUUCAGGUGGACACAGAGUAUUUGGACAGGGUGACCUUGAUCAACUACCCCCUGGUGCCCACCGACGCCACCCUGGAGAUAACGGAGCUGAGGUCCAAAGAUUCUGGCACUUACCGCUGCGAGGUGAUGCACGGCAUCGAGGAUAACUACGACUCCGUGGACAUCCAGGUUCAGGGCAUCGUGUUCCACUACCGAGCCAUCUCCACCCGCUACACGCUGACGUUUGAGAAGGCCAAGGCAGCCUGUACCCAGAACAGCGCCACCAUCGCCACUCCGGCCCAGCUCCAGGCUGCCUACGAUGAUGGAUACCACCAGUGUGAUGCUGGAUGGCUCUCUGAUCAAACCGUCAGAUACCCCAUUCAAGAGCCCCGCGAGCGUUGCUACGGAGACAAGGAGAACUUCCCGGGCGUGAGAACCUAUGGAGUGAGAGAUGUCAAUGAGACCUACGAUGUGUACUGUUUUGCUGAGAAGAUGUCAGGCAGAGUCUUCUACUCCAUGUCUGUGGAGAAGUUUACUUUCUAUGAGGCAGGGGAUCAGUGUACCAAACUUGGCGCUCGGCUCGCUACCACCGGCGAACUUUACCUGGCCUGGAAAGCUGGCAUGGAUGUGUGUAACGCUGGCUGGCUGGGUGACAGGAGCGUGCGCUACCCUAUUAACAUCGCCAGGACUCAGUGUGGAGGAGGGCUCCUGGGUGUGAGAACUGUCUACCUGUUCCCCAACCAGACAGGAUACCCCUACCCAGACUCUCGUUACGAUGCCAUCUGCUUCAGAGACGGUGAGGACGAAGAUGUUGUGCCUAUGAGGACCACCCCUUUCCCAGACAUCAUCCGCAUAACACCUGCCCCUGGGGUGUACCCAGGCCUCUCCCCUGCACCUGGGGGGGAAGAGAUCAGGGGGGGCGAAGUGGACAUUCUCUCCCCGCUGCCCGUCCCACCGAGAGUGACCGACACAUACACCAAAGUGACUACUGUUGUGCGUGAGCCUGGACUCGACCUGACGGGCUUCGAUGCUGCCAUGGCUCCCACAGGUGUGGUGUUCCACUACCGACCCAUCACUGGUCGGUACACUCUGACCUUCCUGGAGGCUCAGCAGGCCUGCCAGAGUAUUGGCGCAGUCAUUGCCAGUCCGCUGCAGCUGCAGGCAGCGUUCGAGAAAGGCCUGCACCAAUGUGACGCCGGCUGGCUCCGUGACCAGACUGUCAGGUAUCCAAUCGUGUCACCCAGAGAUAACUGUGCAGGUAAUCUGCCACACCUUCCAGGAGUCAGGUCCUAUGGCCUGAGACCAGCCAGCGAGCUUUACGAUGUAUUUUGUUACGUGGAACGUUUGCAAGGUGAGGUCUUCUUCACCAGUGACUAUGACAGUUUCUCCUAUGAUGAGGCCGUGCAGCACUGUCAGAAACUGAACACCACCCUGGCCACCACCGGGCAGCUGUUCGCUGCCUGGAAACAAGGACUUGACAAGUGCCGCCCAGGCUGGCUGAUGGACCGCAGUGUCCGGUACCCUAUCACAACCCCCAGGUCCCACUGUGGAGGAGGCCAGGUGGGGGUUCACAUCAUCUACGCCUUCCCAAACCAGACAGGGUUCCCCGAUGAGCACUCACGCUAUGAUGCUUAUUGUUUCAAAGCUGAAAUCCCAACAGUUCACAGUGAAAAUAAAACCAGUGUGAAUCUGACAAUAGUGAUGGAGGAUGUUAUCAAUAAGACAACAGUCACAAUUGAUCACUUUGCUCCCACUGUUGAAACUACUGUAGUCUACAAUGAAACCGAAUCCAGUGUAAAUAUCACUGAAAUAGAGGAGGUUAUCAGCAAGACAAUCAUCACAACUCACCAAGUUGCUCCUCCUGUUGAUGUGUCAGGAUCUGGUUCAGCUGAUCAUUCAGCCAGCGGGGAGACCUCAGGAGCGUCUGGCGUCUCCAGUGCCAGUGGUGACGCCUCUGGUUUAGGACAGGACAUCACCUACAGCGGACACACUGACAUCGUCUCCGGAGACCAGUCUGCCUCUGGAGGUCCCCAGGAGGCAGAAGGGAGCACCGUCCUCUUCUCUUCUGGCGAACUGGGUAGUGCUUCUGGAUCUGGGGAGGGCAUUGAUGGGCAACAAUCUGGCUUCGGGGUAUCAGGAUCAGGCUUUACCAGUGGCAGUGGGGACAUCAGUGGCAGUGGGGACAUCAGUGCCAGAUUGGACAUCAGUGGCAGUGGGGACAUCAGUGGCAGUGGGGACAUCAGUGCCAGUGGGUACAUCAGUGCCAGUGGGGACAUCAGUGCCAGUGGGUACAUCAGUGCCAGUGGGGACAUCAGUGGCAGUGGGGACAUCAGUGGCAGUGGGGACAUCAGUGCCAGUGGGGACAUCAGUGGCAGCGGUGGAGACUUGAUAAUCAUCAUGGUGGAUGGGAAGAUGGUGGAGGUGUCGAAAACCCAAAGUCAACCUGAUGAGCAGUUGCUAGGCAAAGAGGGCAUCGAGAUAAUCGAAUCAAGUGCAUCCGGAUCGGCAAGUGCCUCUGGGUCAGGCUCCGGUGGAUUUUCUGGCAUCUCAUUCAUUGACCACAGUGCUGUUGACCUGACAGUUGAGCCAUCCGGUGAGCAGGAGGUGUCUGGAUAUCGUCCUUUCGGAUCAGGGUUCCACAGUGGCUUUCCCAGUGGUUUCCCAUCCGGUGCUUCAGGCAGCGGCUCCGCCUCUGGAGACUCUGUCCAGCAUCGUGGUGAUGUCAUCUAUGUAACAGACGAUGAGAUGAUUGAGGUCACCGUACCGCCACUGGAACGCCAACCUCAGCAGGGCAGGGGGGUGGUGGAGGUAAGCGGGGCAGGAAGUGGGUCAGGGAUCCACCAUGAAGAAUUCAGUGGCGCUUUGGAGCAAAGCUCACACCUCUCAGGAAGCGGAGCUGCUCAUGAGAAACCAACAACUGAGAAGCUUUCUGUCAUCUUGCCGCCCGGAUCUACGAUGACUUACUCAGAGUACAUUGGUAGUCUUGGUCAAUCUGGACUCGGGGAGGAGGAGCAGGAAGGCCGCACAGUUUACGUCGUGACCCCUGAUUCGGCCUACACCUCCCCAACCACAGCACCAUCGCUGUCAUUGGCAGUCCCUGCUGUUGUGGAGCAGCCUGAAGUAGUGGAAGACCCUUGUGAUCCAAACCCCUGCGGUUCAGGAUCCUGUUCUGCGCAGGGAGAGCUCGCCGUGUGUCAGUGUCCCAACGGCUUCACUGGUGAAGACUGCUCAACACCGGUGCAGGGCUGUGCUGACGGCUGGUUGGAGUUCGGGGGCAGCUGUUAUCUCCACUUUGCCGAGAGGUAUACCUGGACUGAUGCCGAGCAGCGCUGCCAGGAGCUCAAUGCUCACCUGGUCAGCAUCAACUCCCAGGAGGAGCAGGAGUUUGUCAACUCAACACAACAGACCAACACCCAUGGACAGGACUACCAGUGGAUUGGGCUUAAUGACAAAGAUGUGCAGAAUGAGUUCCGCUGGACAGACAGAAGUCCUCUGACCUUUGUGAACUGGAGGCCCAACCAGCCGGACAACUACUUCAACUCCGAGGAGGACUGUGUGGUGAUGAUCUGGCACGAGGGCGGACAGUGGAAUGACGUGCCCUGCAACUACCACCUUCCCUUCACCUGCAAGACUGGACCAGUCGUGUGCGGAGCUCCCCCUGAGGUGGAACACGGCCGGCCAAUGGGCAGCGGCAGAGACCGCUACCCCGUCGACUCCAUAGUCCGCUACCAGUGCGAUGCAGGCUACACACAGCGCCACCUGCCUGUCAUACGCUGUAUGCCGGACGGACAGUGGGCGGAACCGCAAGUGGAAUGCACAGAAGCCGGCGCCAACAGUAACAGGCUACACAAAAGAUCCGUCAGGAGAAGAAGUAAAGCAGUCAGCAGCCAACAGGAACAGAGGAAGCUGCUCUGAGCAGGAUUGAAAGGACAUGCAACACAGAGAGCCACAAAGGACCCCCUUUUCUAUAGAAGCAUGGACACCGAUGCAAACGCCCGACCAAAAAGAUAAAACCCCCUCUCGUGUAUAUACACAUACGAAAGCACAUUAAGACAGCGGUGGUGUAAUUGGGCUGCUGUUUUGGACGUUUGAGUGUCACUCUGUACCUCCUGAGGGCAGUUUUUGUAUUUCUAUGUAUUUAUAGCAUCUAAUUUAUCGUCUUUUUGAUCCAGUAUUAGGAGGCAUUAUUUGAAUGCCCGAGUUGGAAUUUUCUGCAAUCAGUUGCCCGCAAAGCUGACACAAAAAAGUGACACACACAAUGUCCAAAACAGUCAAAUCACCGUUUGUUUGUUUUUUCCAAUUGCAGCUGGAUUCUCUGAUAUCAAAACACAUUGUUACAUAGACUUUUUGCCAUGUUUAGGCUAUUUUAUCUAGAUCUACGUUUGUUAGUGAUUCCGUUUGUUUUUCUCCAUUUCUUUCAUUGGAUCCUAGAACGACAGCCGUGUAACGAUUUCUUACAUUGCAGGCCAAUGAUUCUCAAACUUCUUGGUUGUGAUUCCUUAAAUUACAGCGAUGAGUUUUGUUGUACUUGAAUCCCCAGAGGAGUCCUUAAUGCUUACAACAAAGAAGCAAAAAAAAAAGAAAAAAAAAGAGCACAAAUCUGAGUAAAAAGCAGAGGAGAAAUAUUUAGGAAAUAUUUUGGUGAGGUAGUUUUGUUUUUUUGUUUUAACUAUCUUCCAGGAGAGUCACAUUGUCUUGUCACAACCUCAGGUUUGAGAACCGCUGUGCUACAACACCAACACACUAGUAUCUCACGAUUGUGCUGUUCCAAUUCUACGGUGAACAAAAAAAAAAAAGCCCACGUUCAAGACACGAUUAAAGUCACUGCAACAAACCUGGAUUGAAAUCGUCAGCACUCAUGCACUUUUGGGAUUCAUCAGUCACGUCUGUGCUAAUCAUUUGAAUCCAGUGCACCUUAGUUAACAGUCAGCUGACACGUGGCGAGGAGACUAUUCGGAGUUAACCGGUGGCAUCUAGGGAUGCCAUUGGACUGGCUGGCCUUUGCCCUUUUGCCAGGAAGGGGGGGGGGGGGGGGGGUCGGCAAUCCUUGACCUCUGUCAGCGCUGUCUCAUGUGAGAAUCCUGCUUUUAUGAGAUUGGUGGUUCGCUGAAUGUUUUCUCACUGUAAAUAUCCUCACAACUCUCUGAGCAUCCGGAUCUGUCAAAAGCGUACGCGGAGCAGACCGUUUCAUUCAUUCAUUCAUUCAUUCAUUCAUUCAUUCAUCCAUCACCCACCUGUUCUGUUCAGUGUUAGUUUUAAUUAGCUGUUAAGUUGUAGUUAUCGAAUGGGCACGACUGAUGAAACAGCCAGCUGUACAGAACAAGACACAGCUGGAUUUUUUUUUCUUUCUUUUUUUUUUUUUUUUAAAUUCAAGCCUCCGAUAUGUUUUGUGGAGGCGUCUGACUGUGUUUCAUGUGACAGGGUCUUAUCGACAGAAAUGUACUUUAGAAAUAACGCGGUUUUAGGGGAAAAGGAGCUGUGAAAAGCAGUUGAAUGUUUUCUUAAAAUGAUGAGAGGAGGAGAUGGAGACGGGGGAGGUGGUAGAGGAGGUUAUAAAGUGUUGACCAUGACCUUUCAAGGUCAAGAUUAGCUUUGACUCUGAGGGCAGACGCUCGGGUCCACGUCUUGUCAGACGCUGAAACAACAGGAGCGCUCACAGUCAAACUGGCAGCGUCGUGGACACACACAGAGACACAAUGGAGUAAACUGAAUUCAGAAUAUUAAAGUGAGCGAGCGAAUGUGACUAUGUUGUUGUUGUUUUUUUUAACAAAUAAUUAAAUUAGGUCAAAUUGCUGGAAUUUUUCAACGCAAAGUGCUCGAAUUUCAGCUUGAUGCAAACAUUUGAGUGAAGGUGUUGAGGGCAAUUGAAGAAAAUCAGUGAGUCUAGUGAAAAGUGAGGGUCUAAAUCAGUGUUUGUGAUUUCCUGAUUCCUUCAACAGGCUGAAAUAUCGUUUAACGGAAAACCCACAAUAUGUGUAAUGUUGCACGCAGACAUGGACUCUUCUGUUGUGAUUUCAUGCAGAUCCCGGAUUUCUGAUGUGAACAUGCAGUAUACCUGUACUGUACUGUGCCAAAUAAAACUUGGAAUCAUC